GAAAGACUUUGCCGAUAAUGAUUGAUCCGAUGGACUCAUCUGUGAAAGUUGCAGUGUUGUUGAUUCUUGUUGGAACCAGUAUAUUUCCAGUGAAAAAUGGUGUGAAUUCCCUACCAAUCUGUCCAGAUGGAGGAACUAACUGCCAAAUGUCAACAGGAGCUCUUUUUGAUAGGGCAGUGAAGCUUUCACAUUAUAUCCAUUCUCUCUCCUCUGAAAUGUUCAAUGAAUUUGAUGAACGAUUCACACCAAGUCGAAGAUUCUUAGCAAAGUCUGUUAUGAGUUGCCAUACCUCCUCAUUAAAUACUCCAGAAGACAAGGAGCAAGCACAGCAAAUUCAACAUGAAGACUUGCUGAACUUAGUGAUGCGAGUUCUGCGAUCUUGGAAUGAUCCUUUACUCCACAUGGUUGCAGAAGUUCAAGAUAUUAGGGAAGCACCAGAUACAAUCCUUUGGAAAGCUGUAGAAAUUGAAGAACAAACCAAAAGACUUCUAGAAGGCAUGGAAAAAAUUGUUGGAAGGAUUCAUCCUUUUGACUUGGAAAAUGAUGUUAACUCACUGUGGUCUGGCCCACCAGCAGCCCAAUCGGCAGAUGAAAAUUCUCGUCUUUUUGCCUUUUACAACCUGCUGCACUGCCUUCGUAGGGAUUCCCACAAGAUUGACAAUUACUUAAAGCUUCUGAAGUGUCGCCUUAUUCAUGAGAGCAACUGUUAGGAUUUCAUUUAGCUCAGCAUUUUUGUAGUAAAUCACAAGCCUAAAAUUGCAUUUCUUCUGUUUUGUGUAGUGAGAAAACAAUGACUACAUUUUUGUGGGAUAGCCUUGCAAACUGUUAAGUUGAACUUUACCUUAACCUUUGUUUGUCACAAACAAGUAAUACAAAAAUGCUAAAUUUGUCUAUUAAUUGCCUCUAUCAAUGAUUAGAAAUGAAAACUGAGCUUGUAAUUUUCUUAAUAAAUAAUUGUGCACUAGCA